AUGGAUGCUCCAAGACUUUCCUGGAAAAGGAUUAACAACACAAGUCCAUCGGAGCAAUGUUCACGCUAUACAUGGGAGGAUAAAAUUCACAGAGAACACGUUUCUGCAGAAGGUAAUCUACCAUUAGAAACAGAGUAUUUACAACUAGGGUAUGAACUACGAAACAAGCCUACUUAUAUCCAGUCAUUACUGAGAAGUCUGAAAGCGAACUUUACCAUAACCUUAGCCAGGGACGCCGGAACUGGGGGGCAGGGGGGGCGGCUGCCCCCCUUGCCUUUUGCUAGGGGGGCAGGGGGGGCAGAAGUGCCCUUUUAGUUGUAAAAUAAUACGUGAUAAAUCACAUUUCCAACGAUGCUUUUUGUAGGAAAAUCACGAGAUUCAGGUAAUUUAUAGUUUAUAUUUAUAAAAAUUUUGGGAAAUUUUUGGAAUGUAGAAAAAUAUUUUGAAGAAAUGGCGAAAAUUUAAGAUAUCCGGAAAAAAUUUUGGCUUCACGGAAAAUUUUUGUAUGUCCGGAAAACAUUUUUGACCCCUAAAAUGGUACACUGACAAUUUUGCAGUGAAAAAAAUUUUCAGUAAAGGUGCCCUUGGUGUGCGUCCGCCCCCCUUUGCCCUAUUAUCGUUCCGGCGUCCCUGACCUUAGCUGUACUGCCUUUGUUAUUUACAGGGAUGGCUCUUAUAUAUUUUGAUUUAAGAACAACCGAUUUAUGUUCUGAAUGGCGGAAUAAAAACUACACUCUUUCAUUUCAUGUUAAGAGAAUAAGAUUACUCGGCGAGAGAGUUCAAAAAGUAAUAUUUUAUAUGUGGUUUCCCUUGACGUUGGUUGUUCUAUUUGGUUGGAACGAAUUUAAGCGUCAUUAUUCAACGACCAUUUUGGUGGCCAACUGGCUGGUUUAGUUAAUACAUUAUAUUUAAGCUUUUUACUCCUAUAUGGUGAUGACAUUCGGGUCCGAUCAAAAGUUACGACGUCCCAAUAGUUUUAUUAUUUGCUGUCGCUGGUCUCUGGGAAUCUGUGAUUGUGGUGCGCAAAAUUCGACAAAAUCAUCCAACUGUAUCAUAUUCGGGUUUCCAUAUUUUCAUGAUUCUUCUAGUGCCUUCAUUAAGCUCCUAUACAAUGGCAAUGUUUUACAAAUUUGCUGUUGUUAAGUGGUUUAAUUCCCUCGAUGAUGCGUUGUAUAUUGGCUAUGUUGACACCGACCUUAGCAAUGGUGCCGACUGCUAUAUGUAGGAAUAUGGUAUUAUGGCGUACUUCAGAGGUUAUCGAACCAGAACGAAGCUUUGCGUUGGUAAUGUUGAGAACAUUUCACUGAUACUAAGCCAAUCCCAUAUCGUUUUAUAUACGAUUACAAACUUUCAGCUCUCUGAUUGGUCUGUCGUGAAGUCAUCUUUAAUCAGGAUUGCUAUUGGAUUGGGGAUUGAAUUCGUGUUUAAGUUAACGUUUUGUCUACUUUUAUUUGCAUACAUUGGCAUGAUAUUCCCAUAGCGCGAGUAUGAUCGAAGUACGCAUGUAAACGACAUAUGUUUGCUAACAUUAUCGUUGUUGCAGUUAUAGUAUGCUUCUUUACCAAACCCUUGCUCGCAAUAUUUCAAGAUCGUUUUCAUGAUACCACUGUUAUAGGGAAUUAUAAUAUUAGAAAUUGUACUCUGCCUUACGAAAGCUGGCGUUGAUUUCACGAAUAGUGGUUUGCAAAUGUGCGGUGCAAUCUCUCCAAGAACAUGGGGUCCCAACAAACUGUCAAUAACAUGUCCUUACUUCAUUAAUUUGUUUUAAAAUAUUAAAUAUUUCUUAUAAACAAUAUCAAAAGCAACAAAGACGUUCUCGCAUGUCCAAAUUGAAUUUCUUUGCUAGCGACAUGCGAAAUUCAUCUAGCAGUACUGUAGCAAUUUCAAGAAGUUGUGAUGAGAGCUGCAACUCUCGCUUGCGUUUGACCGCCAACUCUCAUUGACUUCGAACUGGUUCAAAUUUUAAUAAGAGUUGAUAAGAGUUUUUGUUAGUUAUCGCGUGGUAAUAUCCAGUCAUCUCUCAUGGCCAUCUCGGAUGUUUCACUUAUUAUACCUUAGAAAUUUUACAAUGAAAUCUCCUUGGAAUUAUUGUUGUUUGUUUAACUAAAACUGGAUAAUCCCAGGUGUGACGCGAAAUACAGGGUGUCCCAAAAAACCCGAAAACUAUUGAAAUCACUUAUUGUUAAAUUUGAAUGCCCUACCAAACAGCUGGACGUAAUGAUGCGUAAAAUAUUGACAAGGUGCAUGUAUUAGAAUUUAGUUAGGAAUAUCUCCUGGUAAAGUGCGCGAUUUUCUGCUCCUGGGAAUUAAAAACGGCUGCUUAAACAGUUUCUUUAUGCAUUAAAUUUGCUUAAGUCAAUCAUUCAUGCACUCGUGGGAACCAACAGAGCGCUAAGGCAUUCAGAUUCUGACAAUUAAAUUGUUAUUGGUGAUUUCAAUAGUUUUCGUUUUUUGGGGGACACCCUGUAGAGUCAUUUUAUUUAUACAUGAAUUUUCCAACUCAAUUGUGCAAUUGAUCAACUGAAUUGACAUUAUACCACUGAUUGUGAACGUUAGCGUUCAGCGAUAAUAAAGCUUGAAUCGCAGAUAUGGAAAAAAUCACUCUUAGUGAUAUUAAUAGACUACAGUUUCAAAGGUUAUGCUAUAUGCAUUACUACAGUAUACUAUAGUAUAAGCACCAAAAAUCGUUUCGCGUUUGACCUUCCCACUAUUUAGUAAGCAGCAACAAUGAGUUCGUCAGUUGGCCGUUUAGAUUUGGCGAUAUCUAUAUUAGAAACUUUUGGUAACAUCGCAUAUGAGCGAUAUGGACUUAAAAAUCGUUUCGACCGACCGUAUUUAGCAAACGUCGUGUAUUUCGCGGUCACGACCACACAAUUCGCUUUGAAAUUUAAAGUGUUUGUGAUUGAAACUUAGCGAUGUCGAUUUGAAAUGUUUAACGAAGUAUUAGAAAUUAACAUCAUGAUUAUUUUAUCUGAACUCUAAAAAACAGUUUUGGCCGACUUAGAAUUUAGCAAGCGUCAUGUAUUUCGCGCUUGUACACGCCAAAUUUCUGACCCGUCACGCUUGGUCAGAUAUUUCGAAGAGGUCAGGAAUUUCGCUUGACACAUGCUAAACUAAUCUCGUAAUUAAUGCCUUUGCCUAAUUUGCAUAUGUCAGUAGUAUGCAAAUUGUGCAAAUUGGUAAAGACAUUAAUUAAACAUGCGAAAGGCUGAUUUUUUAGGAAAAAAUGAAUAGUUAGAGGGCUUAAACUAAAGCAAAUUGUCUAAAAUUUUGUACAGUAAUUAACAACCCAACAAAUGUUCCAUAUAUUAACUCAAAAUACGAUUAAAACUUUUAAAUUCCGUGCGCAAGCCAUUUUUAGUUUGUUGGGAAAGACACCCCCUGGUUCACAAAAUUUGAGUUCGAGAAUUUUUUUUCAUUGUUCUACAUUAUAAGUACCCAUGGCCGGCAGUACAUUGACUAUAUAUGGCGGUUAGACGUGUUAUUUUGAACACCGCUAGCCCGAGUCAAAAUUUAGCUAGUUCGUUACUCGACUUUGCCAAUAAUGAUUCCCUGAAUACAGGUGAAAUUUACCGUACCAGAAAGCAAACCGAAUCGACAUUUAAAUCGCUUGGCCUAUGUUGGACGGGUGAUUUCGAAUCACUAAAACACUUUGUAGCCGACUCUUUGAAGCUGAAUGGUACCUGGUCUCAACCUGGAGGCGAUAAAAAGGUUUUUGUUGCUGAGGACGCUUCUAUCAUAUGGAGGAAGAAUAAAAACAUCCUAACUAUUGAAAAAGUACAGGAAAAUCAACUAAAGAGGGAAGUUUGCAGAUAUAUCUGCGACUAUUCGAGCGAAUCGUUUGAUGCUUCGACAGAAAUUGAGGAUCUCAAGCAAGGACAGCAGUCGAAUGAGGAGGCAAUUCAAGCAUUGUCGGACACGAUUAGUCAUAUGGGCGCUGUUGUUUCGCAAUUUCAGGACUUUAUGGACAAAAAUAAUAAGAGUAUUGGCGAUAAAAAAUAUGACCGACCUGCUGAAUACAAAAAUCUACAUGCUGGACAUGUAAAUGAAAUGCGUGAUCGUGACGCUAAUGACGCCGAAGGGAAUAAGUCUAUCAAUACAGAGCAAUUAGAAAGUAUUAUUAUAAACGAUUGGGAUAACAGCUUAUUGCCUAAUAUCACAAUAGCCUCUUGUGAUGCAGAACCCAUCGGUAAUAAAGGUCAAAAUAUGCGAGCGAUUGAUAAAUUGCAUACUACGAACAAUGGGAUUAUUCCAAUCAAGGUGAACAAUGGGGGUGAGUGCAAUGUAAACGAGGGCGAGACUAAUGACCCUGUUAUCCUGGUAAACCCAUUAAACCUCAUUGAAACUGAUAAUGACAAUCUAAAGCAUAAGCAUGGUAAUAAUCCCAUUGUGUCAGCAGAAGUUGCAACCUCUAUUAAAUACGAUAAUAAACAAGUAAGAAACAACAAUCAAGCCACUUUUGCGGAGGUAGUGACAUCUAGCCCUGCAUUUAAUACCUGCAACACACUUGAAAAAUCUCCUACCAAUAAAUCCCAAAACAAUUCUCUGCAAAUAAUCAAUGAUCCAUCUAGUGACUCUGCUGACGGGUUUAUUGGUGUUGACCGGAGACGUAACAGAGUUAAGAAAUUCCUGUUAAGCUGGAAUGCGGGAUAGCUGAAAACGUAAAAGAAUGUCAAAUUGUUUCCUAUCUGAAACAACGGAAUAUAUAACACCUACAUAUAUUUCCGUUUUUCCAAGCAAAAGAAAAGGUACGACAUCGGCUAAAAUCCAUUUUCGUUCGGCCGAUUGUUCGUUAGUGCAACAACAAAAUUUCUGGCCUCAGUUUGUCAACUGCAAGAUUUGGCAAUCAAAAGGAGAAAUUAGAUCUAAUAUUACCCAUAACGGGAAGUUCUCAACUUAUGUAUAAUGGAGCAAAUAGAAGUCAGAGUUUCGUCACGUAAUUUUGGUUGCCGUGUGAGGCAAAGAAGGCGUACAGAAACGCGAGGUGUCAAUUAUAACAAUCUAACCCGUAUUAGAUGCACAAAUAAUUAUAAUGAAAAAAACAAAAAACAAAAUAAAGCUAUACUCCCGAGAAUUUGCUGCUUGAACGCACGCUCAAUUAAUGGAAAGGUUGAUGAACUUGCAGCAUUUAUGUCCGUCAACAAAGUUCAUAUAGCCGCAAUUACGGAGUCUUGGUUGACUGAUGAGAUAGGGGACGAUCAAAUAUCGAUUGGUGGUUAUGUAAUUCAACAUGUGUAUUAAAACGCCACAUUUUGUCAACAUGUGUUAAAUACCAAGAAUAAAAAUACCAAGUCAAUUGCCAUUGGCAUUGUGCAAAUCGAAAUUGAAGUUUACCACAAAGUGGCGCAGUUUACCGCAAAGUAACGUCUGGUAUACUCCGGAAAUUUUCAUUUUGGGAUUUUGCUGCCCGAAAGAAAAACUUUUUUUCUAAAACUGGAUGACAGUCAACUGGUAACAAGAAAAUUUAAUUACACCUAUCAAUGCUAUUUAUUGACCACCAAGUACAAAACUAGUAGUUCAUAUAUCAUGAAAAUAAUUAACCUUAUUGUUUUGCUGAUGUUGUUGUGGCUCUGUCUCCUUUUCGAACUUAAACUCUUCAGUUUCACUUUGAACGCCACGUAUAUCGAAAGACGACGCGGAAAAGCGAAAACUUCCGCAUAUUGGAAAAUCAUGAACAAGUGACUUUAAAAGCGCAACUUGGUUAUAUUAACUUUGCCAGUUAAUAGAUAUUUUCACAAUGUUGGAAGAAAUAAUCGCUUGUUUCUUGUCUCUUAUAUAUUUUGAUUUAAGAGCAGUUGAUUUAUGUUCGGAAUGGGAGGAUAAAAACUACACUCUCUCAUUUGCUGCUAGGAGAAUAAGAUUACUCGGCAAAGGAUUUCAGAAAGUGAUAUUUUAUCUCUCGUUUCCUUUGUUUUUGCUUGUCUUAUUUGGUUGGAACGAAUUUAAGCGUCAUUAUUCUGCAACUAUCUUAGUAGGCCAACUGGCUGGUUUAUUUAAUACAUUAUUUUUAAGUUUUUUACUCCUAUAUGGUAUUGAUGAUACCAGUCCAAUCGAAACUUAUUGCGUUCCAGGAAUUUUGACAUUUACUGUCGCAACUCUCUGGGAGUCUGUGAUUGUGGUUCGCAAAAUUCGGCAAAAUUAUCCAGCUGUAUCCUACUCUGGUCGCCACAUUUUCAUAGUUGUUGCUGUGCCUUUAUUGAGCUCCUAUUCAAUGGGAGUGUUUUAAAAAUACGGGGUUGUUAAGUGGUUUAAUUCCCUCGAUAAUGUGUUGUAUAAAUUCAUAUUGGCCAUAUUGACACCGACCUUAGCACUGGCACCUACUACUAUAUGUAGGCAUAUGGUAUUAUUUUUCUUAUAAGCUUUAUUGGACAUAGAAAUUCUAGAUUACAAGGUGAACGUCCAAUGGGGUUAGUGCAAACGGGAAAACGAGACCCAUGCAAGGCACAACCCAUAAAUAAAGGUAUAACUAGAUAACAAAAAGAAAAAGAAAGAAAAAAAGAUCUAUUUACAGUAAAAAUAUACAUAAUGCAGUUUAGGAAUGAUGGCAGGAACAGUCGCGUGUGAGUGACCAAGUGCAUGGCAUAUAUCCACAUUAAAAGUAUCCUUGACCAGGUUGGAGUAUGUCGCAUGCAGGAAGCGUUUAAAAAUACUUAGGCUGGCAAAUAUAACUGUGGAGGCUAUUUUACAAACAAAGUUCCAAGGAUUAACUACUCGGUUGAAGAACGAAGCCUGAAAAGGUGAUGUUUUACAGUACGAAGGUUUCAAAACUAGGGAUGGAUUUUGAGAGCGAGAACGACUAUGUUGCACAAAAGAUACAAACUGCUCAAUGUUCAACUCAAUACAACCGAAGAUAGAUUUAUAAAUCAAAACAAGGUCACUGAGUUCUCGAUCAUAAACUAGUGGUAGUUGGUUUAGGGUUGUCAGCCUAGCUUCAUAGGGCAUCUCUCCGACAUUCGUUUUCAGGAUCCAGCGGGUUGCACGCCUCUGAACCCUUUCUAAUAUUAUCUGUAACUUAGCAGUAGCUGGUGACCAUACCUCCAUUUAAUAGCACAGUUGCGACUUAACAAAUGCGUGAUAUAGGGUUUGCCUUAUUUUGCUGUGUUCUAUAAGGGGACAUGUCCUUUUCAAGAGACGAAGCAUCCUGUUAGCUUUGUUGACAACUGAAAAUAUAUGAGCGUCGCAGGAUAAAUUGGCAGUUAUCAUUAUACCGAGGUCUUUUUCUUGUUGAACUCGUUGUAGAUUUGCGUCGCCGAAAUUAUAAUCCGUUGUUACAGGUGAUUUUUUACGUGUGAUUGUGAGAACUUUACAUUUUAAAGCGUUAAAUUUCAUGUUUGAAUUCUGACUCCAAUCAUUUAGACUAGAAAUGUCACGAUGCAGGCUUUCGCAGUCGCUUAUGGAUGAAAUCGAUCUGUAUAACUUGGUAUCAUCUGCGAAGAGAGCGGUUUUUGACUGAUAGAUUUGGAAUAAAUUCAGGUAGGUCAUUGAUAAAAAUGACAAAUAGCAGAGGACCAACGAUGCUCCCUUGGGGCACGCCAGAAGUAACUGGUAGGUACUGAGAAGCUACGCCGUCAAUCACAACUCUUUGAGAUCGGUUCCUAAGAUAAUCAGUGAACCAAUCAAGCAAGUGACCUGUUACACCGUACCAUUUGUAAAAAGCUUUCAAAUCUGUCAAAUAGUAUAGUAUCAGAAUUUGGUGGCCGGUACCAAGUUGAAACAAGGAAUGGUUUAGUCUUUUGUUUCCUAAUUUCUAUACAAACUGCUUCAACAUGGUCAGUGAGUAAUUCCGAUCGCUCCAUACAUAUGGGAUAUUAUCUCUUAAGUAGAUAGCUACACCCCCACCAUUUCGAUUUCUAUCCGAUGUUAUUAAUUCAUAGCCUGCGACCUCAACAUCUUGACUAUUAAUAGUAUCGUCUAGUCUGGUUUCAUUUAAGGUUAUAAUAUCAAAAGGUUGUCUGUGUAGUAAGAUCCUAAGCUCCUCAAUAUGUUUGGUUAAGCUUACAAUAUUCAAGUGGCCCACCCUAAAGCCUUUUAGUUUUGAAAACGUAUUCUCGCUAGUUUGUGAUAAUAGGUCAUGACACAUUUCUCUGACAUUUCGAUUUUCAGGAUUUAAAAUAAGAUUAUUUUGAAUGGUCGAAUUGCAUCGAGACUUUUCUGAAGAUAGUUCGAUAUUGUCCUUAUUCGUGCAAUCCACUGUGGAACUCAUAUACUCAGGCAGUCAAUAUUUAAGUUUUAGAAAAUCACUAAGAUUCUUAACUAAGAUUGCAGUUCCUUGUUUGUUCAGGUGAACACCAUAUGGGUUUAAGUGUUUAACUAAAAUGUUUCCAUGAGUUAGCAAAUCCCAUCUAUUGCUUAGACCAUGGAUAAUAAAAUAAAUGGAUAGGAAACUAGCUGACGUGACCUAAUGUUUUCAAUGGGCUGAUGGCGUGGUUGGAUGUCCCAACUUAGUUGAAAACCAAAUUCUCAAAAACGGCAUGUUUAGCAAUAAUACAGCUAAACAAUUUAGUCAAAGAGCAAAUAAAUAUAACCACGCCAUUCAACGAUGAAAACUCUAAGUAUUCCCAGAGAAGGGUUAAUAUGCCGUUUGUAGGACAAAACUCAAAAAUGUCUUUUUUUUCUAAGUCUUUUUUUUCUGAGUUUUUUUCUAAGUCUUUUUUUUUUCUAAGUCUUUUUUCCCUUCAAAGUUUUUUUUUUCUAAGUCUUUUUUUUUUCCUAAGUUUUUUCCCUCCAAGAUUUCCUCCAAGAUUUUCCCAAGAUUUCCCCGUGACUUUUUUCCAAGAUUAUUCCCAAGAUUUUCCCAAGACUUUUUCCCAAGAUUUUUCCAAAGAUUUUCCCUCAUGAUUUUUCCUUCUAAGAUUUUUUUUUUCCAAGAUUGAUCCCCGAGACUUUUCCCAAGAUUUUCCAAAGAUUCGUCCCCAAGACUUUCCCAAGACUUUUCCAAGACUUUUCCCAAGAUUUAUCCCAAGAUUUUCCCAAGAUUUGUUCUUCAAGAUUUUUCCAAGACUUUUUAAAGAUCGUCCCCGUGGAUUUUUCCAUCCUUGAGAUUUUUUUUUUUUUUCCAUCAACACCUUAUAUGAAUAAAAGAGUAUAAGAAAAAGGAAGACCAUCCGGAACCUAAGACCUCUAUUACUAAUCAUUUUUUCCUAACCCGUUCGGGGUUAGGAAAUUUUUUUCAUUAAAUAAAUGAAAGGUAGUAAUAGAGGAAAUUCGGUCAGUCUUCCGUUCAUGAGACGGAUGUACGAUGUAUUUCUCGAUAACGAGAGACGAUCAAGGAAAGAAUUAAAGGAACGUGAGAAAGAAGCGGGACGAAAGAUUCACGAGGAAUCAAGGGGUUGGGAAAAAAGUAUUGGGAAGGAAGAGCAAAACCGUCGCGGUAGAAUUAGGAGGGGAAAAGCAGCAGAAAGAAAGCGUGCAAGGGAAGAGCAAAACCGUCGCGGUGUUAUUAUUCGCGAAAGGGCAGCAGAAAAAAGACGCGUUCGCGAAGAGAAAAAACAGACCGGCAGGGAAAAAAAGCGUCUCCGCGAUUUGAACGAGACGGUUAUUCAACGAGAACGUAGACUUCGCAGGAACGAACGCGAAAGAACAAGACGUAGGAAGAAAAGGGAAGCGGAAGCAAGAUAUUUAGAGUUGACACCGAUUCAAGAAAAUUCGGCGAUACGUGGAAUGGUAGAAAAGUAUAAGAUUGAACCGAGGACUGCUUUUGAUGUGUUGACGUUUAUGGAACUUGUCCGUCCGAGAGUUCGUGAACUUUUAGAUGGUUUACGUGGAAAUAUGUCCAGAAAUAUUAGGUUGGAAUUAAUUUGUCUGAUGGGAAAGGAAUUGGAGGAUGGAAGAGAGGAAUUGAAGGAGGCAAGAUUCGCGACGGGAAAUUAUAAGCUUCAUGGUGUUGACACGUUGACGGAUGAGAUUUGGGAACAGAUGAAAGAUAAGAUUUUGUUAGAGUUUUCCCGCUAUCAAAAAGGUGGAAGUAAUUAUGUUUUGAAAAGAGUUCAACGUUUGUAUAUUCACGUCGGGAAAUUUAUUCCGUUCAAGGGAAAGGGAUGUUCGGUUCCGCUUCCUGAUUUUAUAAGAAAAAAGCAUGCAUUGAUCAAUAUGAAAAAUACAGAUGACGAAUGUUUUAAAUGGGCAGUAACCCGUUUUUUAAAUCCUGUGGUAAAAAAAUCCGAAAGAAUUUCAAAGAAACUUCGUGAACAGGCCGAGAAUUUAAAUUGGAAAAGGGUUGAGUUUCCGACUCCGAUCGAUGGUGAAUCUAUCAAAAAUUUUGAGGUAAAUAACGGCGUCAACAUCAACGUGUUUUUGUGGGAUGAAGACGAUGGAUUCUAUCCGAUAAGGAUCAGUAAAUGUUAUUCGUCGGGUGGAACGAUAGUAAUCCGACUUUUUCUAUGGCACGAACAUUAUUAUGUCGUGAAGGAAAUGUCGAGAUUGAUCGGGUCACAGAUGACAAAAAAUGAACAUAAAAAGUAUUUUUGCGAUAAGUGUUUAAAUGGAUUUGGACGUCAGGAUCUUUUAACGAAACAUUUAGAACGAUGUUUAAACGAGAAGGCAAAGGGAGUGGGUAAUUAUCCAAAAAAAGGUUCCGUCUGUGAGUUUGACGGAGUAAGAAGGACACAAAUUUAUCCGUACGUUAUCAGUGCGGAUACGGAAUCUUUUUUGAAGAAAAAGGAAAAGGUUGGAAGAAUUAAUAGGAAGAAAUUAGAAGGUUCGGGUAGGAAACAUUUACACGAUCACGUGAUGAAUUCUUAUUGUUUUCAUACUGUAAGUACGAACGAAGAUAGAAUGAAGUCGGAAACGGUUCGACGAACAUCGGUUCACGAAUUACAAUGUAUAUCGGAUAGAUUUGUGGACGAUCUUGUUGCAAAGGUACGUGAAUUUUUUCGGAACACCCACGAACCACUUCCCAUGGAGGAAAUGUCUGAGGAUUUAAAAAAGUUACAUCAAUCGGAGACGAGAUGUUACGUAUGUAAUUCAGAAUUUACCGAAGAAAAUGACGAUGUUUUCGAAGUUCGUAAGGUACGAGACCAUUGUCAUUUUACAGGAAAAUACCGAGGAGCUGCAUGCAACGGAUGUAAUUUCGAAAUAACGGCACCAGUGUUUGUUCCCGUUUAUUUUCAUAAUCUUGAAGGAUACGAUGCUCAUUUAAUUAUUCGUGCACUUGCAAGAAUUCCGGGUAGGUUUAAAAGUAUUUCCAAAACGGAACAGAAUUAUAUUUCCUUUUCAAAGAUAAUUUGGGUAGGACCGUUUGUGGAUAAGGAAACGGGAGAUGAGUUUAAUAAGAAAGUGGAAAUUCGGUUUCUGGAUUCGUGUAAGUUGAUGCAAUCAUCGUUAGAAAAAUUAGCGAACGGAUUGGAUAAGGAGACGGAUUUUAUACAGUUGGAUCGAUAUUGCAACGAAAUGGGAUAUACGAAAAAUCAGCGGGACUUAUUAAAACAGAAGGGAGUUUAUCCUUACGAAUACAUGGACGAUCAUGAAAAGCUUGAUAGGAGUCGUCUUCCACCAAAAAGAUUUUUUUACAACGGAUUAAAAAUGGAAGACAUCACGGACGAGGAAUACGAACGUGCGAAAAAAGUAUGGAAGACGUUUGGAAUGAAAAGCAUGUUGGAUUAUCAUAAUUUAUAUCUCGUAACGGACACGUUAAUUUUAUCCGACGUGAUCGAAAACUUUCGGAAGGAAAGUCGUGAAACGUACGGAUUGGAUUCUCCGUGGUAUUACACGGCUCCGGGACUUUCGUGGGAAGCGGCAUUAAAAAAGACGAGGGUUGAAUUAGAGUUGAUUACCGAGCCUAGGAUGUAUAAGUUUAUUGAAAAAGGAAUUCGCGGUGGAAUAAGUACGUCGAUAAUGCGAUACGGAACGGCCGAUAAUAAAUACGUUGGGAUUUCAGAAGUUCCCGAAGGAAUUAUAAAUUUAAUGCGAGACUUGGAUUUAAAAAUCAGAAAGGAUCCGACCGAUAUCCGCGAAAAGGUUUUGGAAUUUGAGAACGAGGUCUGUAAAUUUUUAUGGGAUUAUAGUCAGGAGGACGACGAUAAAAUUAUGAAAUGCAUCGAAAGGAAUCUAACGCGAUGGGUAACAUGUCUUAGCGAUCGUGGAAAGGAGGAUGAUUCCGUAUUCAUUCCGUACUUGGAUGCAAACGGUUUGUAUUCUCACGUCAUGACACAACCGUUACCCUACGCCGACUUUGAAUGGAUGUCCGAAAAGGGAAAGGAAGAAUGGGAUCGUCUUCCGGAAGGAAAGGGUUGUUUCUUAGAAGUAGAUUUAGAAUAUCCGGAGGAACUUCACGAUCUUCAUAGCGACUGUCCGCUUGCACCGGAACGUCUUCGAAUAGGUAAGGUCGAUAAACUCGUUCCGAAUCUGAACGAUAAGAAAAAGUAUAUUCUUCACGCGAGAAAUUUAAAAUUUUACCUCGAACAUGGUAUGAAAUUAUCGAAAAUUCACGAAGGUGUUAUGUUUUCGGAACGACCGUGGUUGGCUGAAUAUAUUCAUAUGAAUAUCGAACUUCGUAAAAAAGCGACGACUGAUUUCAAGAAGGAUUUUUACAAGUUGAUGUGUAACGCAAUUUUUGGAAAGACGAUGGAGAACGUGAGAAACCGGACGGAUAUUCAACUGGUCAACGACGAAAAGGGAUGGAAUAAGUUGGCGAGGAAAUGGAAUUUUGAAAAGGCGACUAUUUUUUCGGAAGAUUUGAUAGCGGCUCGUAUGGCAAAGACAAAGUAUUACUUAAAUAAGCCAAUUUACGUGGGAGCCGCAGUUUUAGAUCUGAGUAAGAUUCACAUGUAUAAAUUUUUCUACGAUUAUCUGAAACCUAAAUUUGGUAAAAAUGUAAGACUCAUGUAUACGGACACGGAUUCGUUCAUUUUACGCGUGAAAACCAACGACUUUUUCAAAGAAAUUUCGAACGAUGUGAACGAAUGGUUCGAUACGAGUAACUUUCCAAAAUCUCAUCCGUCAAACAUUCCGUGUGGAAAAAACAAGAAGGUUCUGGGAAUGAUGAAAUUUGAAACGGAGGCGGUUCAGAUUGUCGGGAUGGUUGCACUGCGUGCGAAAUUAUACGCUUAUAAAUUAGAAGAUGGUAGGGAAGGAAAAAGAGCAAAGGGAAUUAAGAAAGCAACGAUCAAGAGAACGAUGAAUUACGAGGAUUUUAGGGAUUGUCUUUUCACGGGAGAGAAACAACAUCGUGAGAUGGAUGUGAUUCGAAGUUACAAUCAUCGUAUUCGUACGGAAAGGAUUACAAAAGUAGCAUUAUCGUCCGACGACGACAAGCGUCAUAUUUGUGAGGAUGGAAUUUACACGUUGGCACAUGGACAUAAGGAUAUUUUUUAAGUAAGUCUCGGUAACAACUUUCGACAAAAUCCAAGACCGUUCUCAAAUUUCUUGCAAGUAAGUCUCGGUAACAACUUUCGACAGAAUCCAAGAUUGUCUUGUAAGAUUUCGCGAGGAAAAUCCGAGUAAAUUUUACAUUCGUCCAACAAUUCCUCGCAAGUAAAUUUUAAACAAAAUUCAACAAAGUCCAACAAAAUUAAAGUAUUUUUUUCUUUCCGUAUAUAAUAAAAUGACAGAAGUAAAUCCAGAAUCCGUUUCGGUUACCAAACCCUUAGACCCACCGAAAAAAGUAAAAGAUCCGCGUCGUGUCGAAGCGGGAAAAAGAUUGGCAAAAAUAAGUCAACAGGCCAAAGCUGUGAAAAAAGCAAAAGCCGAAGAAAAUCUAAAAGCAGAAGUCCGCGAAAGUUGUAUGACGGAUGGAGGAUGGAUUUCCGUCGAAAGACUCUGUAUGUUAUUCGGACUGGGAAUCGGAUUGGGAUCGUUGUAUCUUUCGUGGCGAAGUCGCGACGAGAAAAGUCCCGCGAAACAAGAGAUUAUCUACGAGAACAACAAUGAUGUGGAAAAAGAUUCUUCGAAAGAACCGUUCGACGACUUGUUUGAUUAAAAAAAAUUUCAAAUCGGACCAAGUAGAAUAAAUGAUGGAAAAGGCAGCAGAAAUUAUGACAGCACUUGUGAAAGCACAAGAAAUACUUAUCAAGAGACUUACGGAGGAAUGCUGGCACGACUACGAUCAUUAUGCUGAAAAAUUUAAAGGUCAUGGUUACUUUGUCAGGGAACUUGAAAAUCUUCGGCAGGCAACAAUAAUUGAUACUGCGAAACGGACCGACUGGCAUGAUAAUAUUGCGAAGGAAGUUAACGAGUGGAUAGCGGCGAACACGAAUCGAAAUUAAUCUAUGAAAUUUAUUUUUUUUUCAUAAAUUAAUAAAGGGAGAAUGAGGUUGGAAAUCUUAGAAAACUCGGCGAUCAUCGGAAACAAUAAGAUCAGGACGCUUAUUCCGAAUGAUUGUAGCGAGAUAUAUUUUAUGGCAAAGGAUGUUGCACUUGCACUCGGAUACAAGGAUACAUCCAAAGCCGUUACAACACAUACAGAUGACAGAUCGAGAAUCAGAUACGAAAAUGUAGAAGGUGGGCGUUUCGCCCACCUUCCCACAUUACAUCCUGACACAAUAUUUAUCACCGAACCUGGUAUCUACGAUCUUGUAUUCGGUUCUAAAUUACCCAACGCUAGGAAAUUCAGAUGGUGGGUAGUUAGUGAUGUUCUUCCGUCUAUCCGGAAAACGGGAAUGUACACAUUACCGGGUGUUUUAAACAAAGUAAAAAACAUCAAGGACAGUGAAUUGCAACAGCUUCAUGGUGGUGAUAUCGAACAGGUAGAAGUACGUCGUGAAUUAGUUCAUAAAAGUGAUAUUGUAAAAGAUCCGAAAGCAGUCUUGCGUGGAAGAAAAGGCGGACUGAUCGUACAGGAAAAUAUUAGACAGAUUAAAAUAAAAUUAUGCGAGAAGGAAAUAAAAGCUCUGGUACUUGAAGAAGAAUUAGAUAAACUUGAAGGGGAAUUGGACAAUAUUACAGAGGAACGGAACGAUCUUGAAGAGGAACGAAAUGAUCUCAAAGAGGAAGUAAGAGGUCUCGAAGAAAAAGUGGACGAACUGAAAGAGGAGAACAAAGAACUUAGAGAGGAAAACGGAAGACUUUGGACUGAAAAUGGGAAACUCGCUACUAGCGAGUUAACGGAUCUUCCCUGGGGGUGAGCAAAAGAAAGAAAGAAAUAAAAGAAAUUUAUUUCCUAAGAACUUUCCUAAGAAAUAAAAUAAUGUCUGAUACUAAGAAAGAACUCGUUCAGGAUUUAUACGAUGUUGCGCUUCUAACGUCCGGAGUCGUCGGGAUUUCGUACGCGGCGAAAAUGAUCGCGGGAAAAAGUUUGGGUGCACCGAUGACGUUGGAAGGGGCGAUGAAACUCGGCGUGGCCGUGGCGGGAAGUUCCGUGGCCGUGGCCUAUCUCAAAGACAAGGGUUACGUUCCAAAAACAAUCGGUAAAUAAAUGACAACCAAUUUAGUAGUCGGCGGAUUAUUCAAUGCGGUCGCCUUUGCAGGCGCUGGAUUUUUGUUUUCCCAUCUGAAUCAAAACGGGUACAAGGAAGAAGUCAAAAGACAUAAUCGUGCGCUGGAAGAAUUAGCCGCGGCGAAAGAAAAAUUUUACGAAUCCGAAGUGAAAAGACGAAACGAUGAAUUACGACGACGCCAAGAAAUCUUGGACGCGAAUCAUGAUAUCAAAGAGACGAAUAAAGCGUUGGAUGCAUUGAGAAAUUAUAAUCGUCGGCAGGAUUUAAAUGCAUUGGAACGUAAACCGAAAUUCGAAGAUUAUUAUCAACCGUCGGAUGAAAUGCAAAAAUAUUUAACGAUGACCGUUGGGAUUUUAGGGGUGGGAAGCGGUUACGUAUUGACGCGAAUUUUUUAAGUUGGUAAAAAACUUAAAAAAUUUUUCUAAGUCGUCACGAGAAAACAUUUUAAAUCUGUUGCUUCCGUUCGGUCGGUUACUUUUCCCGUCGAACUUACGUUUUUAAAUUCCAGGCCGAUGAUUAAUAUCUUGCCACUACCGUACGCAAACGUAAACGCCGCACGAACGAACGUGCUUCGUUGCGUUACCGCGGUGACGACGACGUUACCGCCGCUUCCGUCGUAAAAUCCGUGGAGGGUCGAAUAGGCCCUGGAAUUUAUUUCGUAGCCGCCCACGCCAAAAGUGAUGAAUUUUGCCCUCUUCCUAUGGAUUACGGAAAUUGUACCGGUUUCGUAAUACCCCGAAGCACCGUACAUUUGCAGAACGUCGUACUGAACGUAAUUUUUUCCGAGAUCGUUCAAUUCCCCGACCGCACUUACAUUUUUAACGAUCUCGGCCGUAUUCGCCUGCUGUGUUUUUUCGAUCUCCGUCACUUUUUCCUCCAGGUCUUCGGAUUCGUCAAAGUAGUCGUAUCCCAUCAACAUACUCAUUUAUUUAAAUAGAAAAUAAGCAGCUCCCAUCGAUGCAACGGCUAGAAUUUUCAAAGUGGAUGGAUUCUGUAAAUCUCUCGUAGGACUUGUUGAAGUUUUCACGGGACUUGUUGAAGUUUUCACAGGACUUGUUGAAGUUUUCACGGGAUUUUUCACAGGACUUGUUGAAAUUUUCACAGGACUUUUUGAUGUUUUCAUCGGACUCUGUUCCGUAAAAUUCACCCCGUCAUUUUUUCCAAAACUCAUGCCACUUUUGGCCAGCGUUAAAAUAUUACUGUAACCCUUCAGGGGUUUUUGUAAAAUCCGCAUGUCGGACGGAAUGAGAAUCAGACCGGGCAUGAUCGCAAAAUUUAACACGACGUUCGUAUCCGCGAUCGCCGUACGCAUGUUACGGAUGAUCGUCGUGAUAUCGUUCACAAGAAUACUAUCUUUUAGAACUUUUCGAAAUACGUCUUGGGUCUGUAAACUUUUUGCACCCUGUCCCGUGAUACUCCACCGGGUUUUGGCUUGCGCUCCGAGAACCGCGUACACGUAAACUUCCAGACUCUGUUGAAAUAACCGUUGUCCGAUUUUCGUCAAUCCUCGCGACGUUUUCGGAAUGAAUAUUUUAUAAUCUUCCGUCACAUUUUUCGGAAGUUUUUUCGUUAAAUAUUCGUACUGGAUGAACGUUCCACCGAACCGUGUCCGAACGUAAUAUUGGUUCCGAAUCUUACGACGCGUAUCGACGGGUAAUCCGUAAUACCACGUUCCGACGUUGGCAUGCGACGAUAAUGUUCGACGUUCCCACGUUUCGGUCGUCGGCAUGUAUUUUUUCAAAACGUGAAGAUCGUCCUCGUUUAAAUAAUGAUCCAUUAAUUUUGGAUCCUUCAUGAAUUUUUCCAUCUGAUAAUGAACGUGAAAUUUCACGAUGGCCGUGAUCAAAUGGGAACCGGACAAUGUAUUAUUCAGAUGAUUUUCGGAGAUUCCGGAUUUAAAGCUCGCGAUGUAACAGGCGGCCAACGAACGGAAAUAUAAAUCCCGAUGAUAGGCGAACGGAAUUAAAUUUACAAAAUUUCCCGUUCCCACGUACUCGGGUUUCGUAUAUUCCAAGUCCACGGGAAAAAAAUCCGUCUCCGAAACGUAAAUAGGAAACGUGUGGAAAUUUACGGCAAAGUCUAAAUUCGGACGAAAUAUCAUAUCGGACGCAACAUUUCGCCAUCCGUCUUUCCAGUAUAAAUAUUUGGUCCAUUUCGGAUUUCCUAAAAAUGUUUCGGACGUUAUAUCGUAACUGGUGAAUUCGUCCACCUAGUAAAAAAUUUCGGACGAACUUAACGUUCCGUCUUUAACAAACGUCACGAUAAAUUCGAACUUGGAUAAUGUUGCAUCGGGAUAUUUUCGAAGGAAAUUAGUUUUAAGUUUUUGAACUUCUAUCGGAUAUGCUUUUCGGACCUUCUCGUAAUUCUUUCCGUAAUAGUCACGAAAAACUUGUUCUUCCAUCUUUUUAUUUCUUAAAGAAUAUACAAAUCUAUCAGAGCAUUGCACGGUGUAAUUCCAUCGACGUUGGAUUUUACGUCGAAAUGAAGUUCGUGGUAAAUCCCCGCAUCGGCUUGAACCUGGCUUUCGAUGUCGUUGUAUUUUGUCGUCGUGCCGAAUAAGGGUUUCGUUCCGUCGAUGGGAAGGGACGAGAUGAUAUUACUCGGAUAGCCGUCGGAAUUUAUAUUUUGCGAUCGGUUCGUUAAAUUACAGCCGAUCGUAACGUAACGUAAUCCUUCGUGAAUAUCCACGGGAUGUUGACCCGGAUGUAAUUCCGAGAACGUCGUGUAUCCCAACAGAUUAUUUAAUUUCCACGGAUUAAAAUAUUUAACGCUUUUUCCAAAUUUUAUUUGAAUCCGUCCGUCUGGAAAAUCUUCGACGACGAGACCGUGACUUUCUAAUUUUUGACGCAAUUGUUUGAACGUCCAGUAUCCAUGUUUCAACAUAACUUUUUUCUUAUCGACGGAAAAAUAAUUUUUGUCGUCCUUCCGAAUAUUCUCGUACGUCCAGAAUAAAGCGACUGUUUUUACGUAGAGUUUGGAUGCGGGUGUUAAAAUCAACGGUUUCUGUAAUUUCAUCGUAGUUUCUCCGUCCCGAAUAAAAACUGUAAUCUUUUUCAUUUAUUAUAAACUAUGGAUACAUUGGAUCUUGGUUUACGCGAACUCUAUUUUAACGUCAACGGCGGUUACAUGUCGAUGGAAAAACUUUAUCGGGAUGCAGUCAAAAAAGAUAUUCCCGGUGUCACGCGUGAAAAAGUGAAAAAAUGGUUACAAACACAAAAUACGUACGUCGUUCACAAACCGACGCGAGUUCAUUUUAAAACGCAACGAACCUACGUCGAUGGACUUGCCCAACAAUUACAAUUGGAUUUGGUAGAUAUGCAAACCUUCAGUCGUGCAAAUAAAAGUUACAAAUGGAUUUUAACAUCCAUCGAAAUUUUAAGUCGGUAUGCAUUCGCUGUUCCCGCCUAUCGAAAAGGAACGGAACAUAUGGUUCCGGCCGUCGAAAAAAUCUUGGACCAAUUUCACGAAAGAUUCGGACGUUAUCCCAAAGUCGUUCAGUUUGACGAAGGGAAAGAAUUUUACAAUAAUGGAGUCAAGGGAUUGUUGGAAAAACACGACAUUCAUUAUUUUUCAACGCGACUGACCGGAAAGAAAGCAGCGGUCGUCGAAAGAUUUAACAGAACGUUAAAAACAAGAAUGUGGAAAUAUUUUACCGAACAACAAUUUACGACAAAGUCAAAAAAAUGGAUCGAUGUCUUGGAUAAUUUUGUUGCGUCGUAUAAUCAUUCGAAACAUCGUACGAUCGAUAUGAAACCUGCCGAUGUGAACGAAACCAAUAAAGAUAAAGUCUGGACAAAACUUUACGGUUAUCCCUUAUCUCACUUUCCAGAACCAAAAUUUAAAGUUGGAGAUCGUGUCCGAGACCAGAUUUAUCGCGAUACUUUUGUAAAAGGAUACACGUCAAAUUAUACCGACGAUGUUUACGUCGUGUCGGAAGUGUUUCGCGGUGAUCCGAACAUGUAUAAACUCAUCGAUUCCGACGAUGACGAUCGUGAAAUUCAAGGAAGAUUUUACGAACACGAAUUAUCAUUGGAUCUAAGUGGUAAAUAAACUAUGGCCGAAGCUAUCGAACUCGACGAGAUCGGACAUGAUUACGAUUGGGAUCCGUGGGAAGGGGACGAAUACGAUGAUAUAGAUUUCGACGACGACUUGCGUGAAACGACACUGGAUGAUCUAGAUCGGCGGAACGACGAAGUAUGGUUAGCAGAUUUUAAAAGACAGAAUGAAGGUGAUAGGUUCAAAUAUAGAAAAAAAGAAACCAAUUCCUUGUACACGACUGGAUCUUCUGUCGGUAUAAAAUCCGAGUAUAUGAAAAAACGUUUUGGGAACGACUAUAAAUUAAAUCCGAAUGACGGACCUUAUUCAAAAGAUUUAUUUUUCAGAUUAAAUAUCACCCGCGGAUACUGGCUGUCAUUUGAUAAUAUUGAUGUUGCCUUCAUCGAAAAAAAUGGGGAAUACAAACUAUCCACAAGUCAAAAUGUAACUGUUACCGAUAGCCAAAAAAAAUUUAGAUCUGCCUUUGAAAAAGCAACGGAAGAACAUAAAAAUAAAUUCGUCAGUAUCGUGGAAGAAGUUCCGGAGGGAAAUUUACAGAUCCACGACGACAUUUCCGACGACGUGCGCGAUGAAAUUCAUCACGAAAAUAUCGACGAUAAUCUUGAAUUUCACGAACGGGUUUUACAAUUUCAUCGCGAUGGGAAAUUCACCGAACAGGAAUCUAGGGAAUUGGUUGGAAUUACUGUUCCCAAAGGUGAACCUAAUGAACGGAUUAAAUAUUUAAAGGUUGAACGUCAAAAACUUAAAACAGAUUUUGAUACCGAAUCCGAUCCUGAACGUCGAGAUAUUUUUCGCGAAGCGUUAGAAAUUAUCGAUCAAAAUAUUGACGAUGCGAAAUUAGAAAUGCGUGAACGUCCCGAAUCCGAAGAAGGUGUGCAUCGCGUCCGAGAAAAAGUUCGCGAGGAUGUCCGGACGAGAUUUGAGAAAUUUAAAAUCUGGGCCAGGGAAAAUCUAGGAGUUUUAUCUGCGAUCGCUAUUUCCAUCGCCGGAAUUAUUACGACCGUCGUCGUCGCCGGAAAAAAGACGUUGGUCGGUGCUGCAAAAGGUGUGGGUGAAGUUGGAAAAGCGUUGGGAAAAAUUGCAAAAGCCGCACUUCCUGUGAUCGUUCCCAUCUUAAAUAUGCUAGCGACCGUUUUGAAAUGGGGUGCGAAAGGAAUAGAAUUUCUUGCGAAAAAUCUGUGGAUUCUUGCCAUUCUCAUCGCAGGAUACUUGUACAAUUAUUUCACGAAGAAAAAAUAAUUUUUUUAUUUCAUUCCCAUGAAAUAAAAGAAUGGAAACGCGUACCAUGGUGGUGGAGUCGCAAUAUACAUAAGAACCUCAAUAAACUUCAUAAUAAGAGACAAUUUAACUGACGAUAAUCUCGAAACAAUUACACUUGAAAUUUCAAAACCAAAAUCCAAACCAUUCUUAAUUAAUAGUUGGUAUAAACCACCCAAUACAACACUUGAAAUAUUCAAUGCAUUCGAGGAUUUAAUUACUCGAAUGGACUCUGAAAACAAGGAAAUCAUUUUACUUGGAGAUUACAACUGCGAUUGGUCACGCUUGGAUAGUAACAGCGCUAACGCUCAGACAAACAAGCUUGCUGGAAUUGCACAGACAUUCCAAUUUCAACAAUUAAUUAGUGAUCCAACGCGAAUUACAGCUAAUAGUAAAACCUUAAUAGAUCUAGCAUUCACCAAUAAACCGGAAUUGAUAAAUGGCUCGGGUGUCAUUCAUCUGGGGAUAAGUGAUCACAGCUUAAUCUAUAUACAGAGAAAAAUUUCCGUUCCACGUAAAGAGCCAAAAGUGAUUAAAUCAAGAAAUUUCAAACACUACAACUCAAACAACUUUAAAUCAGACCUUUCCACACACUUAUAUGAUCAAGUAUUCUGUGAUACAAUGCUUGAUCCAAAUAUUAUGUGGGAACAUUGGAAAACAAUAUUUCUGUCGGUUGCAGAUUUUCAUGCACCGGAAAGAACAAAAAAAGUUAGAAGCGAGUACGCGCCAUGGAUUACAGAAAAUAUUAAACAAACUAUGCGUCGAAGAGACUUUUUAAAGAAAAAAGCAGUUAAGACAGGAUCAAAACAUUUCCAUGAUGCUUAUAAACGCACACGAAAUUAUUUGAAUAGAUUAAUUAAGAAUACAAAAGCAAUUUACUUUACAAAUACUUUAAAUGACUGUGAUAACAACCCAAAGAAAAUGUGGAAAACAAUUAAUAAACUUACAACAAACAGUCAAAAACAACUGUUAUAUCUGAAAUCCGGAACGAUAAUCAAAAUUUGACUAAAAAACAUGAAAUUGCAGAUGCUUUAAAUUCACAUUUCAACGAAGUUGCAUCUCGUUUGGUUAAUAACAUGCCACAGAGCUCAAGGACAUUUGAGUCAUACGUGACCAGGUCCGAUACACAAUUUACGAUACAAAAUGUUUCAUUAACUAAGGUAUAUAAGUUGCUCUCUACAAUUAAAACAUCCAAAUUAGCAGGGCAUGAUAGAAUACCCGGUAAACUUCUAAGAGACGCUGCUGAAGUAAUAGCACCAUCCCUGUCAGCAAUCUUUAACGCAUCUAUAAACACUGGUAUAUUUCCUGAAGACUUCAAGAUUGCUAUCAUUUCUCCAAUUCAUAAGGCUGGAAGCAAAACUAAUUGCGAUAAUUAUAGACCAAUCUCGGUUCUAUCCUCAGUUGCUAAAAUAUAUGAGAAAUUAGUUACAGAGCAACUAGAAAUUUAUCUUGAAACUAAUCACAUUCUUGCAGAACAACAAGCAGGAUUUAGGAAAAAUCACUCUACACAAACUUCUCUACUUAACAUCACGAACCAAUGGCUAAUGAAUAUGGAUAAGGGUUUGUUAAAUGGAGUGAUUUUUUUUGGAUCUCAAGAAAGCGUUUGACUGUGUUGAUCAUAAUAUAUUGUUAAAAAAAAUGCAUUGUUAUGGAAUAAGAGGUCAUACGCUUGCUUGGUUCCAGUCCUAUCUUUCUAGCAGGAUUCAAAUAUGUAAGGUAGAUCAAACAAUGUCCAAGACAAGAACAGUUAAAUGUGGAAUACCCCAAGGUUCUAAUCUUGGGCCACUUCUUUUCUUAUUAUAUAUAAACGACCUGCCAAACUGCCUGACCUCAUCUUCAGCAAGCAUGUUUGCCGAUGACACAAAUGUUUCAACCAAUGGCAAAACAAAUGACGAACUACAAGAACGCAUUAACGUGGACUUAGAAAAUAUACACCAAUGGUUACUUGCAAACAAACUUACAUUUAACAAAGAUAAAACUGAAUACAUGAUUAUUGGUUGAAGACAACGAAUUUCAAACUUAGUACUAACGGACCCUAAAAUUGAACUUGGCGAAUCAGUCAUUAAACGGGUUCACAAAUCAAAAACUUUAGGCGUAAUUAUUGAUGAACAUUUUUAUGGAAUCAUCAAAUCCAAAAUAUUGUCACAAAAGCUUCAAAAGGAAUAGGAAUGAUGCGACGAAUAAAACAGUUUGUUCCCAAAUCAACCUUAGUAAAAAUAUAUAAUGCCAUUGUGCUAUCACAUUUUGAUUAUUGUAGCUUGGUUUGGGAUAACUGUUGUGAUUACUUAAAAAACAGACUUCAGAAAUUACAAAACAGAGCGGCUCGAAUCAUCACUGGUAAAACUUAUGAAGUUAGUUCUGAGGAUGUUUUAAAAGAAUUAGACUGGCAACCUUUAAACCAACGCUAUAAAACCAUUAAAUCGAUUUUUAUGCACAGAAUACGAAACGAAAAAAUGCCAUCAUCAAUUUGCAACAUGUUCAAAAUUAAAAUAAAUGACAGAUAUGAUUUAAGAAGUAACAAUAACAACUAUGAUCUUGGAAAACCUGAAACAAAUUUUAUGAAAAAGAGCUUCAGUUAUUCAGCUGCAUCCCUUUGGAAUGACUUAUCAACUACAGCAAAAGAAAAAGGCAUUAGCCUUAACAAAUUUAAACGUAUUCUUGACGGCACUUGAUUCCUUUUGGUAACUUUGUAAAUAUUUAAAUAGGAUAGGAUAUUUUUAGAUACAAAUGUAGUGCAUGCAAUUAUUAAGUUCGUUAUGUUUUCUCUGUUUUUGUGUGUAUAUUUGUGUUAUUAUAUUUAUAUAGCUUGUAAAUACUGUAAUAAACGGCCUCUUGAAAAGCAGGUGCCUACGAGCCCUGAAGAGCUACCGUUUUAAAAUAUUUUUAAAUAAUAAUAAUAAUAAUAAAUACCCAAGAACUUAUAUUAGUCCUAGUUUUAGUCGUCGAUCUAGGACGGAACUAACGCGCGGGAAACCGAACGCGACAUCUGAUCACGUUCAAUCCCAAUUCUGCAAAACCUGGGGAAGAAAUCUAUGUGAAUAUCCCCAAACUCAAACCGGAUUUUGUUCUCGUUCCAGAUAGUAUGGCCUUAAUCUUUGACUUUAAGAAUGCCAACGAAAAAUCAUGGUUCCGGAAUAACUUGGGAAAAUUAUUACAGAAAAGAUUAGAGAUUCGUCUUGCCGGUGAAAAAGUUUACGAUAACAGCGGUGAAUUGAAAGUUUACUCGAAAUUUACAAAGACUUGUGGAUGGAUGAAAAACAACGCGCGGAUAUGAUCCAAGACGGAAUUACGACCGAAGUCGUUCGUAAGAAAAUCUCCAAAGACGACGAGGCGAAUGCUGACGCCGAUGCCACUGCAUUGUUUGGAAUUUUCGGAACGAAACAACGGUUAAAGAUUACAAAGAUCCUAGGCGAUCACGGACUGUACGCUCCGUAUCAUUCCGCCAACGAUCUUCAGUACGUGAUCACGUUACCACAAGCUUCCGAAAUCAUGAAUGCACAAAGCGGGGAAACCGUCGAUGGAUAUUCCUUGGAAAAUUUAGAAUUGGAAUACGAAUGUAUCGAAAAUAUGAAUCUUGCACGAAAAUCCGAAAAUCUCUACGGAGCCGAACGCGAAUUAUCUUUCGAACAUGCCACGUUGAUGAAAAAGACCGAAUGGGAUAAAAGUUUGACGAUCGUUAACGAAACCGUCAAUCUUCCACGACGAAGUAUGAAAGCCAUCGUCAUGCUAUUCACGGAAAAAACACCGACCGAUAGCGAAGAAUACGUCUUUCCGAAUAUCGACAAAGUCAAAGUGACGAUCGAAGGUGUUCCAAACGUCGUGUACAGUCAGGGCAUAUCGAAGACGCGAAUGUACGAAGAAGCCAAACGUCUUUUUGGAACCGAUGUCAACGGACAACAAUCCCUGAUUAAAUUUUACAAAGAUAAAAAAUUUGCAUUGGUCAUCGACUUGCGGACGGCUAACGAUGCAAAAACCUAUGGAAACGGAGUCAAAAUUCAAAAUACGCAAUCUGGAAUUCUCAUCGAAAUUACGAAAAAAGCAACGACUGCUAACAUCAUCUGUUACACGUUUGUUCUUUCGGACGGCGUGAUUAAAAUGGUCAACGGACAAUUGAGUGGCGUGCGAUAUUAAACUAUAUCAUGAAUCACGAUAUUGUCUCCUUUUUUCAUAUUUUUUUCUGAAAAUAUGAAAAUGAUCCCUAUUCCGUUUUUUCAUCCUCCUCUUUCACGUCUUCCGUUCCUUUCCUUCCGUACACGUGUUUCACCGUCGUCACGCCGCCACUUAAAAUUCCCAGGUAUGGAAUGUACGGCGAUAUUUUUUCAACGAUACUUUUCACGUCGCUUUUUAAUAAUUUGUCCUGACCCAAUUCCUCUUUUAAUUCUUCGCCGCUAUCGAUCAUGCGAAGAUUUUCCAACAAUCCCGAAAAUUUUUCGAUCAAUGUUUCCGUAAGAAGAACGUUGGCUUUUUCGCGUUGAUUCAGAGUGUAUUCCCGUUUGAUUUUAAAAAUGACUUUGGGUGUUGCCUUUUUCAAAUAAUUCUCGGAUUGACUAAUUUCACCCGCGUUCGAUAACCGAAUUAAUUCGGCUCGCGUAUCUUCGAAAAUUUCUUGUUCCGUCCUUUCGUGUGUUGUAUUCUCUUCCCCUUCCAUUACUUGUACUUUAUUUUAUAAUGAUACGGAUGAAUUAAAUUUAUCUCCAAGUACGAAUAUUUAUUCUCUUUUAAUUUCUCGCGAACAGAUCUUAAUUUCUGCGGAUCUUCAUCACCCAAGUAUUCAUCCAGAAUAAUUUUCAUGUCCUGUCUGUUCGGAUUGUAAAACGUCACCAGUUUCUGAAUAUUUUCGCGAUACGGUUUGGCAAUCGACGUCAACUGCUGCGUAAUCACGAUCGUCGAAAUCUGACGAUGACGUGCGCAGAAUCCUAAUUUCACCAAUUCGCUCGUACGAUUCUUGACGGAUUUCGUACUCGCACAAUCGUCUAAAAUAAUCAACGCAUCUUUUCCCGAUGCAUAAUUCACGACGGAUUUCAUCGAAUCUUCCACGUCGUCGUGAUGGCACGGAAUUACAUAAAAAUUCGGAUCGUCGUAGAUAAAAUUCCGGUCGUACGUUUUAUUCCAAUGAUAUGUCGGACAGAUUAAAAAGAUUUCGGAAAAUUCAUGAAAAUACGUCGUCUUCAAUUCUUCGAUCAAAUAAUGUGUUUUUCCACACGCCGUCAUUCCCACGAUGAUCAUAUUAAACGAUAUCAUUUAAUUAAAAGAUGGGAUGUCUUUCUUCAAAAUCCGAAAGUGUUGUUAAACAUAAUAAAAACCACAAGAGACGAAAAAUGUUUAGUCUGGGAUUCGGGUUCGAUCGCGGAGAUGCAACGACCAGCAUUCAUACGCAGAUCGGAUACGUCAGUACAACCGUUAAAAAUUAUGAUAAAACAAAAGAUGAAAUUACGCCUGUGGAGAAUGUUACUGUGGACGAGUCUAAUCGGUUGUCUCCUGAUCCCGAUCACGUUCGAACUGUUGCUGAUCCUGAUCAUCCUGAAUAAAUUUUAAUUCUCGUAAAAUUAAAAUUCUCACGCAGACGGCGUAUAAACCGGUAAUUCGUCUUUCUUCUUUUCCUUCUCGCGACACAUCUUGAUCAACUUCGUACAUACGAAUAAUAAGAUGGAUAAUGCGGACGAUGCACAGAUGGCACACGUCGCAUAUAAAACAUCGGCUUCUCUUUCCGUUAAUUUUACGUUCGGAAUUUCCGUUUCGUUGCUGCUCACUAAUUUCAUCGCGGAAUAAAGUACCGUUGUUGCUGGAUUCAUUCUUUUAUUUAACGGAAUAUUUUCAAAAAUUUUAAUGUUUUUUAAACAUUAAAAUUAAUUUUUUUUUAAUCUCGUAAGAGUCUCUUUCUCGGAACCUUGGGUUUAUCUUCCAAGAUAUUGGCUUCGUACAAUUUGACCUGAAUACAAGUUGUUCUGCUGGAUAUAUAAAUUCCUUCGAUUCGAAUGAUCGCAUCAACAUGAAACCUCUUAUCCAGAUAUUUUUCUGGAACGAUGGGCUUGUUUCCUCCUGGUUCAUACAUUUCCGUUUCGCCAUCGAUCUUUGGAUAUAGAGUCGGAGUGCUGCCUUUCCGAAAAAGACACUUCAUUAUCUUUUCGUCCGACUUAUCAACAUGUUUCAUACAUUCUUUUUCAAUUAAUUCAAGGACGGAUAGAAACCCUGACUUUUCCCAAAGUGAUAGGGAGAUGGAAUAGUUUUCCUUACCGAACUUUUUACUUAUACUCACUCCGUAAGAUAGACAGUCUGUAACUUUCAGUAAAAGAGGACCUUUAUCGCAUGCCGUUAAUUUUAUCUUUUUGGACCCGUAUCUGUUUUCAACGGCAUCUUCGAAACGGAACGAGUCCUUGGUAAAGUCCGAGACUUUGGUGAUCGACAUUCUUUAUUGUAUAUUUUUUUCAUAUAAGGUGUUACGGGUUUGAAUUUUUCUUUUCUCUUCCGUAUUAUUAAUCUCAUCGACACAAUAACACUCUUCCUUUAUUUUUUUUCUUUCUUUUUCUUUCUUUUUUCCAUUCCUCUCUCCCUUUCGUUUCUUCUAUUUGUCUCUUACUUUUCGUCUCAAGCCUCCUUAUUUCCGAACCGAAAAUUUUUCUAACACUCGUACCUUUUUGACCGGUCUGAUUUCCUCUAUUACUACCUUUCAUUUAUUUAAUGAAAAAAAAAUCCACGGGGACGAUCUUUAAAAAGUCUUGGAAAAAUCUUGAAGAACAAAUCUUGGGGAAAUCUUGGGAUAAAUCUUGGGAAAAGUCUUGGAAAAGUCUUGGGAAAGUCUUGGGGACGAAUCUUUGGAAAAUCUUGGGAAAAGUCUCGGGGAUCAAUCUUGGGAAAAAAAAAAUCUUAGAAGGAAAAAUCAUGAGGGAAAAUCUUUGGAAAAAUCUUGGGAAAAAGUCUUAGGAAAAUCUUGGGAAUAAUCUUGGAAAAAAGUCACGGGGAAAUCUUGGGAAAAUCUUGGGAAAAUCUUGGAGGAAAUCUUGGAGGGAAAAAACUUAGGAAAAAAAAAAGACUUAGAAAAAAAAAAUUUGAAGGGAAAAAAGACUUAGAAAAAAAAAGACUUAGAAAAAAACUCAGAAAAAAAAAAGACUUAGAAAAAAAAGACAUUUUUGAGUUUUGUCCUACAAACGGCAUAUUAACCCUUCUUCCCAGUCAAUUUUAGCAAAUAUUGCAAGCACUAAACAGUGAAAAAUACAUCACAAAUUUCGUUAAAAUUUGUGACACCAAUUUCAUAGCUACAAAUGUAAAAAAAUACAAAACAAAGACGAAAAACAUUUACCUUGAAUACUGUAGCUACCGUUUCUCACAUCCGGAAUGUGAUUUCCGGCGUACAUUUCCGGUCACGUGACUUUGCUGGCAAUAAGCAUAAAUUCAGCUGCCAUUUUGUUAAUUGAUAUAUAUUUUCGUGUUGCAUGUAUUUACAAACUGUUUUCUACGUAAAUUGAAAUAAAGAGAUAUUAAUUUUUUAAAAGCUCUUGAUGUAGCUUAUUUUCGUGUGUUAAUUCGCUGCCAAGUAGGACUUG